UCUCAUCGUUUUGAGCGAUUUUCUUGUUGGAGAACAGUUGUUAGAACAGUUGGAGGAUUGAUUCACAUCACUCAGUGCUUCAAAAAGAGACGAGACGACCUUUCAAUGGAGUGUAAAGGCUGGCAUUUGUGCUCACCACACUUGUCAGUGGACAUUCUCAAAGACAGUACUACAAUAAUUCUCAGAUCUGUUCAGCAGGAAGUCUUUGGAGCAGAGCUGGAAUUGAUUGCUGCUAAUCAAUGCAUUCCAAAGAGCAGCCUGUUGUGGUCGUUGGAUCCUUUCAUUGACUGCAAGGGAGUUCUAAGGGUCGGAGGUCGUCUUCAGGAAGCGAACUUAGGAUCUGCAGAGAAAAGACCAGUAAUUCUACCUGGACGUCAUCAUGUCACCACCCUGAUAGUUCGUCACUACCAUGCAGAAUCUCAACAUCAAGGGAGGCACUUCACGGAAGGAGCUAUCAGAUCUGCAGGCUUUUGGAUCCUGGGUGGCAAACGAUGCGUGAGUAAACUCAUCUUUGAAUGUGUCACAUGCAAAAGGCUCAGAGGAAAGUGUGAAGUUCAAAAGAUGGCAGAUCUCCCGGCUGACAGACUCAGCACGGAACCACCGUUCUCUAAUAUCGGCCUAGAUGUCUUUGGUCCAUGGUCUGUAUCUGCCCGACGGACAAGAGGAGGUCAUGCGGAGAGCAAGAGGUGGGCUAUUUUGUUCACAUGUUUAAGUGUCAGAGCUAUCCAUAUCGAGGUCAUUGAAUCCUUGGAUACCUCCAGUUUCAUAAACGGAUUGAGAAGAUUCCUGGCCAUCAGAGGACCAGUGAAGCACAUCCGCUCUGACAGGGGAACUAACUUUAUCGGGGCUUCAAAAGUCCUAGGAAUUCCCUCAAAUAUUGAUGAAACAUCUGUGCAGGGAUUUCUUUCAGAUCACGACUGCACUUGGACCUUCAACAGCCCUCAUUCUUCUCACAUGGGCGGAGUGUGGGAACGGAUGAUUGGUGUCACACGCCGCAUUUUGGACUCAAUGUUCCUUCAGAUGGGAACUUCCAAACUCACGCACGAGGUGCUCGUGACCUUCAUGGCAGAGGUCGCAGCUAUCGUCAACAACAGACCGUUGAUUCCUGUCUCCUACGAUCCUAUGGAUCCAUUCAUCCUUACACCUGCCACUUUGUUGACGCAGAAAGUGGAACCUUGUCCAGCUCCUGUGAGAGACUUGGAGGACAAGGACUUGUCCCGACAGCAAUGGCGCAGGGUGCAAAGUCUGUCUGACACCUUCUGGGACAGAUGGCGCAAGCAGUAUUUAUCUACUCUGCAACCUCGCAAGAAGUGGACAUCUGAGCACAGAAGUUUGAAACCAGGAGAUGUUGUGCUCCUAAGAGACAAUGCGGUGAAACGUAAUGUCUGGCCUAUGGGCAUCAUUACUGAGGUGUUCCCCAGUAAAGAUGGACUUGUUCGGAAAGUUCAAAUUAAAGUACCGAAGGUAGAUGGUAUUAAGCUGUUCUUAAGACCCGCAUGUGAUGUGGUUUUGCUUAUUGCUUCGCAAGUGUAA